CAAAAUUUAUAUACUGCAUCAUUUCUCUGCCGACCUAUCCCCUCGUAGUGAGUGCCUUUAAUUUCUGAAACAAGAAAAUUCAUUAUUUGAUGGGUUCGAACGAAGAAUUGCCGGAGGGAACACUGCAGAAUAUACUGGAGCAGGAUUCGCUCAAGUGGAUAUUCGUCGGCGGAAAGGGCGGCGUCGGUAAGACCACCUGCAGCUCUAUUCUGUCGAUACUGCUCGCACGUGUGCGGCCUUCCGUACUCAUCAUCUCCACCGACCUUGCGCAUAACCUAAGCGAUGCGUUCCAGCAGAAGUUCACCAAGACUCCCUCCCUUGUUAAUGGCUUCUCUAACUUGUACGCCAUGGUUUAUAAUUUCAUUUGGAAGGGAUACCAAACAGAUCAGGCUGAUAAAUGCCGAGAAUCCCGAAUGAAAAUCCCUACCGACCACCAUUGGGAUCGAACUAGUAUUAGUGAGUGGUCUCAUGAAUAUGAUGACUUGGAAAGAGUAUACGAAGAGUGUAUUAAUGAUGGAAAAGAUCAAAGCACGAGACGAAGUGAGCUCACUCAAAGAAUCUUUGAACUCUUUACAUAAUACGUUAAGACAAAAAGGAAUCGUAGAUCAGCUCGUCUCCAAAACUCCAAAUUCGGGUACCUCAAAUGGCGAUGAAGACUUGCUCAAUUUGGAUUAAUUUCAUUUUGUAAUGCUACAAUAUUUUUCUAAGUUUUUAUGUAAUUCUAGAUUCAUAUAUGUACUGUUGACUUGGUAUUUAAUUUUAUGUAGACUUUAAUUUUAAAAUUACUGUGUAAUUUAAUUUA